UAGUGGGUCACGUGAUCGACGACCGUUACUGAGAGACUUGUCAACAAGAUAAAUAAUCGUAAUUUUGUGAUAUAAGGGCUAACUUGGCGGUUAUUGUAGUUUGACGGUUACAAAUGGCGAACUUUGAGCUGACUAGUGAGGAGCUGAUAAGGACGUUAGAGUUGACUGAUUUAAUAAAAUGCAACGUUAACUCUAAAGAAGAAUCCGAGUACAUCAUGGUGGCGCCGCCUGUCGACAAUGAACUGAACUGCACGCUCACAUCUUUUGAUGUGAAUGUAACGGAUACGUUACAUCCACUAGAGGAGCAGCUUCAGUAUCUUCUCCACAAAGCUGAUGAAUUUCAGACACACCUCGUUUACAGCCAAGAUUGCUCUCAGAACGAGAACUUUGCCCAUGUGGUGUCUACAUUCUUGAGGACAUGCCAGCCUUAUUUUACUUACUUUGAGUCCACUGCACGCAAUACUUCACCUGGCACAUGUCCACUGUCAACAUAUGUACGCACUCAGCUGUUGCAGUUUUCUCAGCAACUGUGUAAUCGGCUGGAGCAGCUGGCAUUAAAAUGUGCCUCAUUCGGCUACCUCUCUCUGGAGGAGACAGACCCACUGGGUGUCUCUCAUUUCUACAUUGGCCAAUGCCAUGUAGACAACAUCAAGCUGUCAGUCUUCCGUUACUUUCUCCCCUGCCCCUUUUUGGCCUCAGCUUAUAAUGGACUAUACAAGCGCAUGCGCUGGAACGUGGAGUUGCAGAGAAAAAUAAAGUCUAGAGAAGAUGAGGAAGAGACAUAUAGGAGAACAGAAAGAGCACAGCGAGGACAGCGAGAACAGAGAGAGAAAUUGAUGGAAGGACAGGAAAGAAACAGCACAGAGUAUUACUUUAUGUGCUGUGAAGAUGACCAUGUGGCAGAAGAGGCUUUGGGAGAAAAGGCAAAUAAAACAACAGAGGAAAAAACAGUAAAAAUGUGGUCUAUUGGACAGUGGGUGCAGACUUAUCCAGACCCAAGUUCAGAAGACAUCUACAACUGGGUAUUGUGCUUAGUUCCUCAGGGUGAGUACAGGCAGCUAGUGUGUCUGGGUAAGGAAGAGCCAUCGGCCUGCAUUGCUACAGACUGCCUGCUGGGGGUGCUUUUGUCUCAGGGAGAUCCUGCCAUUAUUCAUACAACCGCUUUAGAUAAUGACAGCAGUCAGGAUUAAGAGCUGUUACAGGUUAUUUGUUUAAACUGUAAUUGUUUUGUACAUAACAUUAAUAAUGCAUGUUUUGCAUUUACAAUUUGUUCAUUUAUUGAGGUUAUUUUAGCAUUAUUUAUGGUUGCAACUAAAUAUAACAAAAUACCACAAAAGUAAAGUUCAUUCA